AGUGAUAAAUAAAAAUAUAUGUUUCAUUACUGUGAAAUGCUUAUCAAGCGGGAAUUAGAAGAUUAUCAAUCGCUCGCAUAAUCGCGUUGAACCGAUUCCGAUUUGACGAUUCGUCUGCUGACAAGGUCACUGAGAACAACUAAAUUCAAUUACUCGAGAAAGGUGCUAAAAAAAUCGCAUAAUGUGUAAUUAAUGGUUACAGAAAAUUUUCGCUGAUCAAGAGGGAGAAGGUCUGAUAUUUUACACUGUACCUACAUCUUGUUUCCCUCACGUGUUUUGUAUAGAAUAAUCAAUACUUGACCUGAUUGAUUCUUGAUUAGUUACUGGUGAAGCGAUAUGAAAUACGUACAUCGACGUAGAGCCGAAUAAAAUUCCUUGGGAACCUGAAUGAUUAGUCAUGCGCCGUUUCAAAUCCGAUCAGCUGAGUGUUUUGUGCUCUUCGAUUAUGUUUUUCCGUGCACUCUUGGUUAUCAAUGUUUGUUUCACCCUGGGAGUAUCCUGUUUUCUUCAAAGGCAUUUCCGUUCAGCGUUCUGCGGAGUCUGGAUGGACUGAUCGAGGACUUGGAGCCUUUGGAGGUGGAGCGGCAUGAGGCGGUGGUGGCGGCCAUGAAAAUACAGGAGUUCAAAGACGACCAGCUCAUGAGCAAACUCUUGUCAACCUGGUCCGAAUUCGACGCCGGCCUCGUCCAAGCACGGGAGGUAUUCACCGAAAUCAUCGGGCUCCUUAAGAGCGGCCAGGAAGGCCAGGCUCGAAAGUUGUACCCGAAUGCCUCGAGACUGAACCUCCGAUUGCGAGUUUUGAACAAACGAAUCGCGGAGGAGAGGAAAGGCGCGCCGUCAGCGCUAACUGAAACACCGGAGUAUCGCAGGAUCGAAAGCGCCUCGAGAGUGAAUUCUCGGAAAAUCUUCGAAAUCGUGAACCAGAUGCAACGCGGGCUCCUGCCAUUCCUCAUCGAGAGCGUCAAGCGGAGGAAAGUCACACUCGCAGAAUUCGGUGCAUACAUCGGAUGAGCUUCAAUUCAUUAUGUAAUUAAAAAUAAUAAUAAAAAAAACAUUAUUUAGUUUCC